CGAAGGAGCGGCCUCUUGUCCGCCGUCCGCCGUCCGCCGUCCGCCGUCCGCCGUCAGCCGUCCGCCGUCAGCCGUCUGAGUCCUUCAAGCUCAGGCAUGUUCUUCAAUGCUUUACCUUUUUUUUUCUCUCUCUCUCUUAAUCGAAGGAGGGGCUUCCUCUUCUUCGGCCGUCGUUCUAGUCCUCCCUCGCUAAGUUGUUUGCUAUGGAGCACGGUUCUCUGUCGGAUUUGAGCGCCUCAACAUUCUCCUUGAUGGAUGAGGACCAUACGCUAGCAAACUCCGUCAGAUUCACGCUAAAUCAAGAUCCAAGGGUGGUAUUUUGUGGGUACAGUAUUCCACAUCCUUCUGACAACAAGGUCAAUAUAAGAGUUCAAACCACAGGUGAUCCAGCAAAAGAUGUGCUAAAGGAUGCAUUGGAGAAUUUGACCCAGAUGUGCCAACAUGUUCGCUCCACAUUCGGGAAGACAGUAGACGAUUUUAAAGUAAAAAAUCAGUGAUCAUGAAGAUUGAUGAUGAAUACAUUUAUCUCUUUGUUUCCUCCUUUUCCUAGUUGUAGUGUUAAAUUAAUGAUCUAAAACAUGGAAUGCGUAUUAGAACUUAAAUCAAUUUUAUUUUUUGCCUCUGCA